GUGAGGAGGGAACCGGCAGCCCGCGAAGCCGGACUUUUCCCCGGCCGCCGUGUGCCGGCGCGGCGAGAAGGGAAGGAGAGAGAGAGAGAGGGAGGGCACAGCUCGUUUCCCGCCCCCUGCUCGGCCUCUUCUCCUCCCUCCCCGCAUUCCUCCUUCCCUCCCCGUCGCGCCGGCGAGGCUGCCAGAGCGGCGCUCGCCCAGCGCCCGGGGCUACCGCCCCGCCGGGAGGAGGGAAGGAGGCGCUGCCUGCGGGGGAGGAAGCUGGAUGAAGACUUGUGCCUCAGGGCGGGUCGGGCAUGAAGGGGACGGUGGGGACUCUGCCCUGCCCUGCAGCCCAGCGGGGACAUCAGGAGGACAGUUGCCUUCAGAUGAUACAGAACUCACUAACGGUUACUCUCGCUUCAGUCCUGCUUCAUGAGAACUUCAGAAGAUACUAACUGAGCAGAUGGUACGUGAACAAUACACAACAACAACACCAGGCACUAGCCUAGAGAGGCCGAAGAAUGAAUAUGUCUACAAAAUUGGAAUUUAUGGCUGGAGAAAGCGUUGCCUCUACCUGUUUGUCCUCCUUCUGCUUAUCGUCCUAGUUGUGAAUUUUUCUUUGACAAUUUGGAUUCUUAAAGUGAUGUGGUUCUCUCCAACUGGAAUGGGACACCUGCGAGUUACGAAAGAAGGCCUUCGCUUGGAAGGGGAAUCAGAAUUCUUGUUCCCUCUUUAUGCCAAAGAAAUCCAUUCUCGAGUGGACUCUUCACUACUUCUCCAGUCUACUCACAACGUGACUGUGAAUGCUCGCAAUUCAAAUGGGGAAGUCACAGGCAGAUUAAAUGUGGGUCCUAAAAUGGUAGAAUUCCACAGUCAGCAAUUUCAGAUCAACUCAAAGGACGGCAAGCCACUUUUUACAGUGGAUGAAAAUGAGGUUGUAAUUGGCACAGAUAAACUUCGAGUCACAGGGCCUGAAGGAGCGCUUUUUGAACACUCUGUAGAAACACCACUUGUGAAGGCAGAAGCUUUUAAACAGCUUAGGCUGGAAUCACCGACUCGAUCUUUGAGCAUGGAUGCACCACGAGGAAUUAAUAUCAAAGCGCAAGCUGGGAAUAUUGAAGCUAUUUCCCAAAUGGAUAUCAAACUACACAGCAGUGAUGGUGUGCUUUUGCUCGAUGCUGAAACUGUUCGACUGCCCAAAUUGCCUGAGGGUACAAGGGGUGGAUCUGGUAUUUCUCAGGGGCUUUAUGAAAUCUGCGUGUGUCCGGACGGAAAGCUCUACUUGUCAGUGGCCGGCGUGGGCUCCACUUGCCAAGAGUACAGCCGUGUCUGCCAGUGAGGCACCAGGAAAGGACACACACCCCCUUGCUAGUCUGAGUUUUAUAUUAUUGCCAAACAGCAUUACUGAAAGCAGAAUUUUCAGAAUUUUAAAAACAAAGCACUUGAGUUUAGGAAACAAAUCUGUAUCUACAAUUCUGGACUACAGGGUGAAAGCGGAAGAAGAGCACAAAUGACAUUUCAACUUCAGAAGAAUAACUUGAAUCAAAUUAUUUGUUCUUUCAGUAACACUUUGAAAACAGCCUUACAGAGAGGAUAAAAGUAAAAUAAAAGGAAUAUGUUCCCUUGCUGAACUAUUAUUAAGUCAGAUGGUUAUGUCAUUGUUAAUAUUUUUGAGCUCCGUGUUUUUUUCUCUCACUACAUGUAAACUCUUACUGCAUUAGUGGGUGAAAUUAAAUUGAGGGAACUACUUGAACUGUAUGGUAAGACAAAGCAUUAUUUGCGGAAUUCAGAAAGUGCCAGCAAAUGGUCUAUGCAAUUUUGUUCUUGCAAUAACACAAGAUAUGAAAAAUGUGGUAUUUGUAUAAGUUCUGCGUAAAAGGUGUUAAUUUGCUAAUAGCUUUCUAUUUUAAUUUGGCAAAAUAUAUGCUGAUUUGCCUAUUACUGAGAUUCAUAUAAAAAUAACUAAUACAAAAAUCUGCAGGAGUCAUUUACACCUCCCUGUGUCUCAAAUCUGUUCACUAUACAAUAGAGAAAUAUGUUAGUAUAUUUUAUAACAGCAAUAGUUUGUUGUACUGCCUGUACCAUCGUACUCAUUUAAACUCUUUUAUAUUUUACAACAUGCUAAUUCAACAAGGCAAUUUGCUCUGCCAGCUGGACUAGUAAAAUGAAAAAAAAAAAAAAAAUCCUUACUGUGGCUCCAGAUUGUCUGACACAAGGAACUGUUUGGGCGGUGGGGAAAAAAAAAAAAAAAUCCUUUUUUGCAGCCCACAGGAUUCAAUUAAGAGGACUAUUUCAUUUCCAUCUGCAGCCGUUGACUGAUAUUUCUGAUCCUGUGAGAGUGGGGCUCCAUCACAAACAGAGAGUGUAAAACUACUCCUUAUUGUUUUUUACAUUAAGACUUUGGGUAUGGAGUAAAUGCUCACCAGAGUUGACAAACCAUUUAUUGACCUUGUAGAGAAACACAGCUGCAGACCCAUUCCCCUGUACAGUGUUGCACUGAACACAAAUAAAUCGUUUGCACACCUCUGGGUAGCAGGAUUUGUAUUUGAUAGUCUGUUGUUUAAACCACAUGGGUUUUUAACUCCUUCAAUGCUGUUUUGUAUAUACUUGUUGAUAUAUUACCCAGGUAGGAGCUGCUAUCACAUAGUGCCUUGGUGUCUAUUUACAGAAAGACUUUUACCCAUAAUCAUUAUUAAACCACAGAAUGUCCAUCCUUUAGAGAAAAGAAUCAUCAUCCUUAAGGCAGCAGACUCAAAAAAAAAGAAUGACGAAGACUUGGCUGGUUUUUUCUAAGCUUGCUACUUCAGCUCUGGUGGACAAAAAGAAAUCCAACACUCAGUUAUGGUCCCAGAUGCUCACAAAGGACUGAGUUGAGAAAGAGCCCCCAGUUAACAGUACCCACUGCUAUUGUAGGCUUUGUCCCUGCCUCAAGGGCUGCCUUUGUAAUUUAUCCAACAAGUCUAACGUACAAUACUGAAGUUGCCCUUCAUUAGCAGGGUGGAGGCCUCAGCAAUUAAUGCAAACUAGAAAACAUACUUAAGCUGACCUUUUGGGUGUCCCUUCAGGCAAAGGAGGCAAGUGAAUCAAGGUCUCCCAUGUUAUUUGGAGAGCGCUCUGAUUACUGGCAUACUGCCUAUGGGAGAAGUAGGGAGCCACACAGCUUCCCUUUUUCAGAAGAAAUUCCCUUUUCCGUCUACCUUCAGGGGUGAGUACAGGCCUGUUGGCCCUAGAGAGGGGAAUGUAUCUCCCUACUCUACAGCUAUAUCUCUCAACUGUAUCUCUCAGCCAAGAGAGGCUUAAACAGCAACCUGCCUUCAGCAUUCCUUUAAAGUCAGUUUAGGGUGGUUCCAGCCCCAUGUGCAAGUUUUUACAAUCCAAAUUAUGAGCAGUCUUGUCUUAUUCAUUGGACAGAAAGUCUGUGCAUUAAAAUAAAGGACAACAAAUGCUAUUGCGUGUGCCAGACACCUAAAAGUAACCUGGAAGGCUGUCGUGUGUACAGUCUUUUAUAGUACAACAGCAAAACUGGGACUUCAGUCCUUAGAGAAUUCAGCCACUGUCUGGUUUCAAAGGCAUUUGACCCAUCCUCAUGCCUAUGUUUCUGACAUCACGGAACAUAUGCCCGCUUCCAUGUGGUACCAAACUACUCAUUCACCAAAUCUAAUCCCUAGAUGUUGGCCAGAUACUGUAAAUAAGUUCAUUAGUUAAAAUCUGCAUAUUCUGCCAGCAAUGGAAACAUAGCAUUCAAAGCUAUGUUUUAAGCUUUUAUUUUGGAGGCACAUUUUCAAAAGUGAUUUGCCAGUUAAUACAAAGCAAGUGACUGAAUCCAGGCUUUCCCUGUAUCACAAGAGUAACUGGGAAUUUGGAAGCCACUUCUGUUGCAACUUCUUGCAUUGAAGUUGCUCUGUUUUAGUUAAUGUUUUUGCAAAGCUGUGAUAACACCUAGGAAACCCAGGGCAUGUUUGCCUGGCAAGUAACACUACUGAGCAUCAUGGCACCUUGGUUAGAUACUGCAAUAACAGCUGCCGCUCUUGUGGAGAUAAAGCUUUUGGACUUGCCUCAGUUCCCAGCUGGAUUCUGAGUAGUACUGAAAACUAGAUGGGUCUGCUUUGUCCUCAUCUCUGCCAUCAUCCAAAUCACCAGCUUGCCCCUCUUCAUCACUUAAAUGUCAUUCUUCAUGACGCUACAAAAUUGACAUUGAAUAUGUAGUUGCAUUAUGUAAGUUGUGCAGGUUUUCUAAAGCAUGGGUGGCAACAUCUUGUCACUGAAGAACAUUCUGGAGACUUUGUCUUUUAGUGGUGGUCAGUGGAGAAACAAAGUUUAUGCUAAAAUUAUCACAGUGUAAUCAGCUGAUGCUAUAAUCCGAAUUGUUGUUAAUCUCAAUAUAGCUCAUACGUCACUACAUUAUCAUUUUUGAUAUUUCCACGUGGGUGUCUUUCCAUCUCUCUUUAAUACUUAAAAAUUAUUGUUUCUACUUGAUCAAACUUCAGUUAUCUACUUACAGAUUAACAGGAAAUUAUGGCACAGGAUAGUACGCACAUCUAGUUUAUUUCCAAAAGUGUUAUCCAAAUGGAGAAAGAAGCCACCACUACCCAGCAAAGUAAACUGUAUGGUUUGCAUAUUUUUUCCCCUCAAAAAUAAGUAUUUACAGCAGUUCUUGUAACCGGUUGGGAUAGUUACACAGUGGAAAAGUAAAAAUAUCAAAAUGGUAGUAAAACUAUAUUGGUGAUUGCCCAAACACAAACCUCUCUGUUGCCAUUUCACACUCCUUUAGUAUUGACAUUUGUCUGUCUUUAUAUAGCUUUAUGCAAAAGGAAAUUGCAAGAAUUAACUGAAAACUGAGUUCUUGAAUAAACUUUAUACAUUUUGAAAA